AUGCUGCUAGUGCUGGCGGCUUUGCUGCUGCCCAGCAUAGUCUGGUGUGGUCCUCAACCAAAUGUCGUCGUUGUCACCGUUGCCACAGAAGACACCGAUGGACUGCGAAGACUCCUGAAAUCAGCGGAAACGUUCAACAUCAAAAUCGAAGUGUUGGGCAUGGGAGAAGAGUGGAAUGGUGGAGAUACGAGAGUAGAACAG